AUGAAUGCCGUUCAUGGAGGACCGGGAGAAGUUGGACCUCGUCCGAAUAGCAUCGUCUUCACGCCCCUCUUGUGUGUCGACCGUCUUCGCCGUCUCGCGUCCAAUUCCACCCUCUCUCAAUUCCCCUUCUUGAAAACCGUCGGAGCCUCGUCUCUCACGUCAGUCAUCGCCAUGCUCUCCGCUCGUCUCGCCCGCGCUGGCCUCCGUGCCUCCGCCCAGGUCUCCGUCCCUCGCACUGCUGCUGUCAACGGCCUGCGCACCUAUGCCACCGCUGCCCAGGAAGUCAAGCCCCCUGUCUCUCUCUUCGGUGUCGACGGUACCUACGCCACUGCUCUGUACACAGCCUCCGCCAAGGCUUCCUCCCUCGACGCUACCUCCAAGGGCCUGAACAACCUCGGUGCUGCCCUCAAGGCCGAUCCUAAGCUCACCGGCAUCCUCUCCACCCCUACCCUGUCCGUCGCCGACAAGCAGGCCAUCGUCUCCGAGCUCCAGAAGGUUGCCGGUGCCGACAAGGGCGACCUCCUCAAGAACUUCCUCGCCACCCUUGCUGAGAACAACCGUCUCGGUCUGCUGAACGAUGUUGUCGACAAGUUCGGUGCUCUCAUGAGCGCUCACCGUGGUGAGAUUGAGCUCUCCAUCACCAGUGCUCAGGAGCUCGACACCCGCACCCUUAACCGCCUCGAGAAGGCCGUUGCCAAGUCCGAGUACAGCCAGGGCAAGAAGCUCAAGGUUGUCACCAAAGUCAACCCCGACAUCGUCGGCGGUCUCGUUGUCGAGAUCGGUGACCGCACCAUUGACCUGAGCGUCUCCUCCAAGAUCGCUAAGCUCAACAAGGCCCUCACCGAUGCUCUGUAA